AUGUCGAUUAGCUGGCAGAGGCCGACUUCCCACUUCCUUGUCGACCUGUCGUCCAGGAGCGCCGACCGUGAGCCCGGAAAGGCUGCCCUGCCCCUCUCUCUGAGAGGGGAGAGACCCCCAGCCUUCACCAGAAACGCCUCAAACCCCUUCCUCAUGCUGUUGCGGGCCACUCUGCUGGUCCUGGCAAUGGACCGUGGGAUAUGUGUGCUGAUCCUGAGGCCCGUGCUGAGAGCCGCCCCUUCCAGCCAGCCUCUGGAGGGGAGCCCGCUCACCCUGACCUGUGACAUCCAGAUGGACCCCCAGAGUCCGGGCCCCCCGAGACCAGACCCCCAACUUCACUUCUCCUUCUACAAAGACUCCAAGAUGGUGCGGGGCUGGGACAGGUCCCCGGGCCACCGGAUCCACACGGCCCAGCUGGGGGACUCGGGGGUCUACCUGUGCCAGGCGGCCACCCUGACCUUCACCAUCCGAAAGCAGAGCGCCCAGCAACACAUCCGGGUGAAGCGAGUCCCGGUAUCCGGCGUCACCCUGGAGGCCAAACCCCCCGGGGGGCAGGUGGAGGAAGGGCGGAGGCUGGUGCUGGUCUGCUCGGCAGCCGCGGGCACGGGACCCGUCAACUUCUCCUUGCACCGAGCUGGCCGGGACUGGGCGAGGUCCUUGAAGACGGUGGCGGGGACGAGGAGGAUGGCGGAGAUGGAGCUGGCUGCUGUGAGGGAGAGCGAUGGUGGGGAAUACCAGUGUGCGGCCAGCAACGGCGAUGGUUUGGUGACCAGUGACGGGUUGAACGUCACAGUGACCGGAAGCGGCAGGCGGAAGCGGGCAGUGGUUCUCGGGGCGGUCACGGCUCUGCUCGCCUGCAUCGGGGCUGUGGCGGCUCUGCUGUUCCGCUCCCGGCCCUGGAGGAAACCAGAGACCCCUCAGGACCUCGAGACCCCUCCCCAACUCCAGGAGAGGCGAUGCAGCCAAUCUACAGCAAUGGACAGCACGGUGGACGCAGACCCGGAGGAACUGGAGCCAGGAGACGCCGCCCCUUCUGGAAUGGAGCCGGACCCCUUCUCUGACUCAAGCUUGACCCUCCCCCAAUUCUUUCCCGCCCCCUCCUCAUCCCCUCAGUUCCCUGAGAGGAAGGGAAACGACACGGGCCUCCCCCAACUUCCUCCUUUUAUUUCCUCUCUCACUUCAUGUGCCGCCUCUCAGCACACGCCUCUCCACCUCUUCUUCCCCCCCGUCUACCCCUCCUUUGGCUGA